ACAGCUGUGUCAGUGAGAAGGGUGUCCAUGGAUCCAGUCAUAGUCCUGGUGCUCGGUCUCUCCUGUCUGCUUCUCCUCUCACUCUGGAGACAGAGCUCUGAGAGAAGAAAGCUCCCUCCUGGCCCCACUCCUCUUCCAAUUAUUGGCAAUUUCCUCCAGAUAGAUGCAAAGAACAUCAGUCAAUCCUUAACUAAUCUUUCAAAUGUCUAUGGCCCUGUGUUCACCUUGUACUUGGGCAGGAAGCCCACUGUGGUGUUGCAUGGGUAUGAAGCAGUGAAGGAAGCUCUGAUUGAUCAUGGGGAGGAGUUUGCUGGAAGAGGAAGAUUGCCAGUGGCGGAAAGAAUUACUAAAGGCCUUGGCAUUGUUUUUAGCAAUGGAAACACAUGGAAAGAGUUAAGGCGCUUCUCACUCAUGACUCUGCGGAAUUUGGGCAUGGGGAAAAGGACCAUUGAGGACCGUGUUCAAGAGGAAGCACAAUGUCUUGUGGAGGAACUGAGAAACACCAAUGGCUCACUCUGUGAUCCCACAUUCAUCCUGAGCUGUGCUCCAUGCAAUGUCAUCUGCUCCAUUAUUUUCCAGAAUCGUUUUGAUUACAACGAUCAUGAUUUUCUUAACAUGAUGAAAAAACUGGAUGAGAAUUUCAAGAUUCUGAGUUCCCCGUGGUUGCAGGUCUGCAAUAAUUUCCCUUGGCUGUUGGACUAUUGUCCAGGAAGUCAUCACACGGUAUUGAAAAAUAUUGAUUAUAUCAGAAGUUAUCUUUUGGAGAAAAUAAAAGAUCAUCAGGAAUCAUUGAAUGUUGCAAACCCUCGGGACUUUAUUGAUUAUUACCUGAUUAAACAGAAGCAGGAAAACCACAAUCAACAAUCAGAAUUUACACUUGAACAACUGGUAACAACUGUAAGUAAUCUAUUUGCUGCUGGGACAGAAACAACAAGCACAACCCUGAGAUUUGCUCUCCUUCUCCUGCUGAAGCAUCCACAUGUCACAGCUAAAGUCCAGGAAGAGAUUAAUCGUGUGGUUGGCAGACACCGCAGCCCCUGCAUGCAGGACAGGAGCCACAUGCCCUACACAGAUGCCAUGAUUCAUGAGGUCCAGAGAUUCAUUGACCUCCUCCCAACCAACCUGCCCCAUGCGGUGACCUGUGACACUAAGUUCAGGAACUACAUUAUCCCCAAGGGAACAACGGUGAUAACAUCACUGUCAUCAGUGCUGCAUGACAGCAAGGAAUUCCCAAACCCAGAGGUAUUUGACCCUGGACACUUUCUAGAUAAGAAUGGAAACUUUAAGAAAAGUGACUACUUCAUGCCUUUCUCAACAGGAAAACGGAUUUGUGCAGGAGAAGGCCUGGCACGCAUGGAGCUGUUUCUAUUCCUGACCACCAUUUUACAGAACUUUAAGCUGAAAUCACUGCUCCACACUAAGGACAUCAAUAUUACCCCAAUGGCCAAUGGAUUAGCCUCUCUGCCACCCCCUUACAAGAUCUGCUUCAUUCCUGUCUAAAGAAGAUCAGAAUUUCUGGUCCAGGCUGUGCUGUUUUCUGAAAUCACCUCUAGACCUUCAUCCACCUCCUUCUGAUCUGGGACAAGGUGUCCUUCCUCCCUGCUCAUGUAUUCCCACUCUGUCAAGACACAGGAAACACCUGUCAAUCACUUUGUAAUUUCUGGAGUCACUGCACAAAUAUAUUGCUAUUUUCUAUUCUCUGCAACAGUGUUAUUAUCCCUUGUGCUAGUGUGUAUUUGGUCUUGAGUUAAAAAGGAACUUCCCUGUAAAAUAACUAAUAUAGUAAGAUAAUUAAUGGUCAUUUUUCU